GGCCGGGAGGAAAAAGGGGCUCUUUUUGGUGUAAAUCUGGACUCUAAUUCCGUAAUAUAUCAAGGUAUCUCGUAAAACCGACACUAAAACGCCCCGGCCUACAAAUCACCCGGCCAGAUUAUGAGCUCAUUGUAUUAUGCGAAUGCUUUAUUUUCUAAAUAUCCAGCCGCAAGUUCGGUCUUCCCGUCUGGAGUCUUCUCCGAACAAACUUCUUGCGCGUUCGCUUCCAGCGCGCAGCGCCAGGGCUAUGGAGCGGGCUCGGCCGCCGCCUUCGCCGCCUCCAUGCCGGGGCUCUACGCGAGCGGGGGCGGGAUGCCCGGACAGAGCGGGGCCGUGUACCCGGGCGGCUACGGGCUGGAGGCCAGCUCCUUCAACAUGCACUGCGCGCCCUUUGAGCCCAACCUCUCCGUGAUGGGUCCCGGCGGCGACUCCGCCAAGCCCGACUGCAGCAAGGCGGGCCCCAGGGAGUCGGACCUGGCCGGGGACAGUAACUUUCGCAUCUAUCCCUGGAUGAGGAGCACAGGCACCGACCGCAAGCGCGGCCGCCAAACCUACACCCGCUACCAGACUCUGGAGCUGGAGAAGGAGUUCCACUACAACCGCUACCUGACCCGGCGCCGCCGCAUCGAGAUCGCCCACGCCCUGUGCCUGACCGAGAGACAGAUCAAAAUCUGGUUCCAGAACCGGCGGAUGAAGUGGAAAAAGGAGAACAAGACAACCGGACCCAGUUCCAGCAGCCAGGACAAGGCAGAGGCCGAAGAGGAUGAGGAAGAGUGAUAGAGAGCCCCAGCCCGAAACAGGAGGGGAGAAACGAGACUUUUCAAAGUGGGAAAAAAAAAAUAACCCCAAAACACCGAGGGGUCGAAGUCUUGGUUUCUUCCCGCUGACCAAGUAUACUACCUAGAUUAAAGGCUUCUGUUUGCUUUUGUUUACGAUUUUUGUCCACUAGAAAGCGGUCUACCUGUAGCUUUCGAGAAAGCCCCGCCGUUCUGAGUGGCGAUUGUAAGGUCUUUGUAAACCUUCCUGUUUGUAUUCCCCGUUUCUUUGUGGACCUUGAGUGUGAAGUACGUGCUUCCCUCCGCCCUGCGGCGGCCCGGCGGGCUGGUUAGACACCGUGUGUACAUAUUCGUUAGGAAAAAAAAAAAAGACAAAAACGAAACAAAAAAAAAAUACCCUUCCUUCUCGUUACCUGUUGUCGCCUGACCGCCUCCCCUUUCCGCCUUGCUCCUCUCCCCCACCCCUUCCCUGCUCGUGCCUGGCCGUGGCCGUGCUGUGAUCGUCUGUAAAUUCUAAAUGUUUCAAUGGGAAAGAAAUAAACUAAACCUAGGGACCA